AUGCCGUUUGCUCGCUCCUCCAGCCCUCAGGCAGGGGCAACUAGUGAGUCUGAGCCAAUGCUGGCCGCCUGGGCGUGGGCCAAGGGCUACUUCGAUGACAUGGCCGUGUUCAACAAGCCAGCUCCCAAGAGAGAUCUGUUCGGGCACGAGAUCAGCAAGCCGAAGCUGCGACCCGGUGGUGCAGACACAACGCCGGACUGCCAGAAGGAGGACCGACUCCUCACCAAGCGGCAGCAGCGGCUGGACAGGGACUUGGAAAACUUGCGCAAGCAGUUUGAGCCGAAGCUCAUCACUGCUGCGGACAUCGACGGGGAAGAUCCGCUGAAAGCUGCCAUUGCAGAGCCCCCGAACUUCUUCAAGGCCGGGGUGAACGUGGAGGUCAUGAACCCGGAGAGACCGAACUCCGAGCUCCUGGCCUGCCUGAAGGAGGAAGGAGGUAAGUUCGAGCUUUGCGAACAAAAGGAGCUCGGGGAGGACGGCCAUGACCUCGCCUGCGACGCGGAGCGCGGGGAGGACUUCCACUGGCGGGAGGGCGACAGCGUGAAGUUCCUGGGCACCUGCAUCGAGCCGAAACCCCUGAAAAAGGCCUUGCUCUCCGCCGAGACGCCCUACCUCCACUGCGUGUAUCCCGACGGGGAGGUGCCUGGGGAGGAGCCGAAGCCCGAGGCCGGAGCGAUGGGCGAAGCCCGAGCGAUCCGAGCCAUGCGCGGUGCUGCCUUGCUGCUGGCCUUGGCCGGCGGAGAGGUGGUCUCUGGAGACCUCCCCAAGAUCGGGAAGAAGUGGUGGGUCCUGGGCCCUUUCGCGUCCGGCAAGGUCGAGUAUGAAGCGGACCCGGUGGAACGGCUCGGAGGAGUCUGGCAGCUUUUUGGCUCCCGAAAGGCGGGUGUCGGGCUGCUGGCCGAGCACGCGACCGGAGGCCGCGUGUCCUGGAGAUGGACCGAGACGUUGAGUGGUGACGGGUGGGCUCAGAUCCAGCUUCCGCACGACCACAUCCCCUUCCAGCAGCUGCUGCAGAGCCCACCUCUGGGAUCCGGCAGCGACGUGCUCCACGUCCAGUACUGGGUCGUCGGGGCGCUAAAGGUGAAGACUCCGGGGCGCUUCGGAGUGAACUGCCGCGGGCUCCACACUUUCCACCUUGUCUUGCCGCAGGAGCAGGUCGUGGGCCCCUUUGCGGGGAACAUCUACAGCACCGUCCCCUUCACUGUCCCCAUCGACUUCGAGGCAGCCGGGACCUACCACGUGCUCUCCCGCGUUCGUGGGAAGGUCCCUCUGCGCUUCGCCUGCCGGCUGGAGACGCUCACGACGCUGAAGGGCACCAUCCAGGCCAAGAACCUCCCGGAUGUCGUCGGAGGGAAGCUGCUCGUCAGCCCUGCGCCCAUCGACUUGCGGGUCCAGAACACCGGAGCCUCCUGGCUGGAUGUCAGAGCUGAUGUGGCUCCGAGCCGGUCGUCGGCCGUGUCUGCUACUUCAUCCUCUGUGCGCCUGGCACCCGGGGCCAUCGUACAGGUGCCCGUGUUGGUCACGGUGAACGCACCAGCGGUGGAGAAGGACGCAGCCGCCUGCGUUCGCUUUGACCUGCGCCUCGUCGGCAGCGAGGACCAGACGGAGCAGGCCGCCCUCAACGUCCCCGUGCAGCUGCGCUGCCGGCGGUCCACGCAGUCGGCGCUCUUCUCCUUCCUGGACGUGGACGGCUCCGUCGCCCUGGCCGCCGUGCUCAAGCCGAGGAGGCCCAGCGGAGAAGCCCUGCCGAUUCUGGUCUCGCUCUCUGGUGUCGGCGUGGAGCCGCAAGCGCAGGCCGAUGCCUACAAGAUGAAGCCUACGGAGGCGGAGGACUACAUCUUCGGCUACGAGGAGAUGUGGGUCCUGGCCCCGCAGAGGGACGGACCGCACAACUGGGAAGACGUCGGUCUUCGCGCUGCCUUGCGCUCGAUCGAUGUGCUGGCGGAGAGCCAAGGGGCGGAUGCCGGGCGCCUCGUCGUCCAUGGCCACUCGCGAGGGGGCCACGGAGCCUGGGCCCUGGCCACUCGCAUCCCCGACAGGGUGCUGGGUGUGGCGUCGGCGUGUGGCUGGUACAGCCGCGAGGAGUACGGCGAUGCAAACAACCUCUGGGUGCAUGACCCCGCGCUGAUGCACAUGGACAAGCUGCUUCUGGGCAUCUUCCAUGCCAGCGUGGCAGAGAACGAGAACUCCUUGCACGCCUCAAACCUCAAGGGCCUGCCAGCCCUGGUUCGAACGGCAGCCCGCGAUCAGGCGGUGCCGCCGUGGUUCGGGCGUCGGAUGGCAAGGCACCUGGAGGAGGAGGGUGCCAACGUCACCUUCCAGGAGUUCGAUCAGGAGCACUGGUGGUGGGACAGCCAGGAGCCCAAUGAUGGCGGCGUCAUGCACGACCCGGGCCUCCGCAAGUGGACGCUGGAGGCGGCCCGCCGUCCCCGGCUGGCGCUGUCAGAGCUCCUGGCGCAGGGCGACUUCGUUCUGGCGGCUGGGGGUCCAGAGUACCAGGGGAGGUUCGGCCUUCGGAUCCUCCAGCGCCGGGCGCCAGCGGCGCGGGGCUUCUUGACGCUGAGCAGAGCAUCCGGAGGGAAGCAGGUGGUGCUGACGACUGCCAACGUGCUGCGCUUCUCCGUGUGGAUGUCGGGCGGCCUGGGGCAACUCCUGCAAAAGGGGGACGAGCUGCUGCUGGACGGUGGCCUUCUGAAGCUGGGUGGUGCGGAGGAGGUCGAGGUGUGCCAAAGCUCUCCUGGCACCUGCACCGAGUCUGGGGAAGGAUCCGGGGGAUCUUGGCGUGUCUGCGGCCCCGGGGACUUGAGGCCCUCGCUGAGUCCGAUCCGGCGGGUCUUCGCAGAGCCCUGGGUUCUGGUGAUUCCGGAUACACCGUCGGCACUGGAGGUGCUGCUGGCCUCCUACUUCGUAGGAGGCCACCUCACGGCCGUGGGAACGGCGACCCAGGUGCUGACACAGACCGAGGCCAGGGCCUUUCGCCAGUCGCACCGCUUUGUCUUUCUGGGCACGGUGGCACGCCUGCCAUGGGGGAAGAGCUGGCCGCUCGAGUUGAGAUCCGGAGCCUCUGGGAACACGCUUCACCUGGGCGGCUGCCGUUUCGCUGGCCAGUACAGUGCCGUCUUCAGAGCGCCGGCAGAGGGCUCAAAAGCGCUCAGAGCGCUUGACUUGGUGGUGACGGCCUUAGAGGACCAGGCGCUGGUGGACUUGGUCUCGUACUCCUUCGCCACGAACCAGCCGCACACACGUGCGCCGAUGUCGAACAUGCUGCCGGAUUUCAUGGUGGCUGGUCCACACUUCCGAUGGAAGGGCUACGGUGGGGUCGUGGCUGCCGGCUAUUGGGAUGAGUCCUGGCAGCCGGCACGCAACUCUGCGUACUUUCGAUGCUGA